UUCAGAGGUGCCGGCCAGAAGUGCUUUUAAAUUUACGACACCGUCGUAGUCGAAUUUAAAAUCCCAUUUAAGAAACAACAGUUUCUACGCGUCGUUCGACAAAUCCUGCAAAUACUCAGAGUCCAGUGUGUCAACGUUGGUUUACAGGAAUUCGAUAAAGAUGUUUCGUUUAAUAGCACAUCGUGGCACUUCCAACCUGAUCAGACGGUAUGCCACUGUUCCCGCACCCCAAACGAAUCCGGACAUCCUUUACACCGGUAUCUUUAUCAACAACGAAUGGCACAAAAGCGUUGGUGGGAAGGUGUUUCCCACGGUCAAUCCAGCUAACGAGAAGGUCAUUGCCGAAAUCCAACAGGGCGGUAAGGAGGACAUCGAUGUUGCUGUGGCCGCAGCUCGAGAAGCAUUCAAGCUAGGUUCUCCAUGGCGCCGAAUGGAUGCUUCCAGACGAGGUCAACUUUUAUACAAACUAGCUGACCUUAUGGAGAGGGAUCGUGUUUAUCUUGCUAGCCUUGAGACCCUGGACAAUGGUAAACCAUAUUUCAUGUCCUACAAUGUUGAUGUUCCGUUGGCCAUCAACAAUUUACGCUACUAUGCUGGCUGGGCAGAUAAAAAUCACGGAAAAGUGAUUCCCAUGGAUGGAGAAUUUUUCGUUUACACCCGUCAUGAACCCGUUGGAGUUUGUGGACAAAUUAUUCCGUGGAAUUUCCCAAUCCUUAUGGCCGCAUGGAAGUUUGGUCCGGCUCUUGCUACCGGAAACACUAUUGUACUGAAACCGGCGGAACAAACCAGUCUGACGGCUCUCUACAUGGCUCAACUGAUAAAGGAAGCUGGUUUUCCACCAGGAGUUGUGAACGUUGUGCCCGGAUAUGGUGAUGCAGGGGCUGCUAUUGUUCAACAUAAUGAUGUUGAUAAAGUAGCAUUUACCGGAUCAACCGAAGUCGGUAAGAAAAUACAACAAGGUUCUGGAUUGAGCAACCUUAAGAGAACCACCUUAGAACUCGGUGGUAAGAGUCCAAACAUCAUUCUGGCCGAUACCGACAUGAAACACGCAGUCGAAACAUCACACUUUGGGUUGUUCUUCAAUAUGGGGCAAUGUUGCUGUGCUGGAUCGCGUACUUAUGUCGAAGAUAAAAUCUAUGAUGAGUUUGUCGAACGAAGUGCUGAAAGAGCUAAAAAACGCACCGUUGGCAAUCCUUUUGAUUUAACAACGGAGCAUGGACCACAGGUCGAUAAAGAGCAGUUCGACAAGAUAUUAAGUUUGAUUGACAGUGGCAAAAAGCAGGGUGCCAAACUGGUCGCUGGAGGUGAGAAACAUGACGGUCUUCCAGGAUAUUUUAUCCAACCAACAGUUUUUGCUGACGUCCAGGACGAUAUGACUAUUGCACGCGAAGAAGUAAGUACUGAAAAAGUAAAAACAAACUAGCACAUUGAAUAAUUU